AUGUCUUGUAAUACUUCUACCGACAACGGGGAACUAUCCUCUCUGCAUUAUCCUCGCACUGGAAAGAGGGGUGUUCCACAGCAGUUCCCGCGUCGUCUCUAUGAGAUGCUGCAAAGCGAAAGCAAGCUCAUCGAGGCCUCGGCGGAUCAUCCAAAGAUCAUCUUCUGGUCUGAGUCAGGCAAAGCAUUCCGCAUUGCGGAUGUAGCCGAGUUCAGCGCAACCAUCCUACCCAAGUACUUUAGGACCAAGAAGUUCAGCUCCUUUCAGAGAAACCUCAAUCUGUAUGGUUUUGCUAAGGUUCGCCGUGGCCCCGAGACAGACAUGUACGCCCAUCCCAACUUUGUUAGGGAUCAAGCGGAGUCGCUGUCCAUGCUCAGGAAGCUCACUUCAAACACCAACCGAAGACGCAGUACUGCUGCCAAGCAGCCCAAGACCACCAGAGUGUCCCGUUCCGUCUCUCCCUCUCCGACGCUGAUGUUGGCAAACGUCCAGUACCUCCAAGCACCUCCGCUUCCACACAUUGCCAUCCCGACCGGUGCGAUGGUCAAGUCGACUCCUACCUAUGCCGCACCCAAGCCCACGUGUGGUUAUGCCUCUCCCAGGCACUCCUCAGUGUGGGCACCCAUCCACAAGGUCCCUCCCUCUCCCGAUUCAUCGGCAAAUGGCUCCACUGCUGCUCCCGUGGAAGCAGCUCCCGAGACACCUGUCCUCAAUCCAAGUCCUGUUGGCCGUGGCCGUCUUGACCUCUUGGCCCUAGCCAUGGAGCAAGCCACAGCUAUGCAGUGA